AUCUUCUUAUCACCAUGUGCUGUUUAAUGAAGGUAUUUCAUUUUCUAUGACUAUUUUGAUUCCAGUGGAAUCUCUUAUAUAUUUUGGAAUUGUAACUCCAAAAGUAUGCCUGUACAAGCACCACAAUGGACAGAUUUCCUGUCUUGCCCCAUUUGCACUCAGACCUUUGAUGAGACAAUACGCAAGCCUAUCAGCUUGGGCUGUGGCCAUACUGUCUGCAAGAUGUGCCUGAACAAACUGCAUCGCAAGGCAUGCCCCUUUGAUCAGACUACCAUCAACAUAGACAUUGAACUGCUUCCUGUCAAUUCUGCUUUGCUGCAGCUUGUGGGCGCCCAGCAAUGCAAGAAGAAGCCUUGAAGCUAGUUCUUUUGGCAUUGGAAGAUGGAUCUGCACUGUCUCGUAAAGUGCUGGUUCUUUUUGUGGUACAGAGACUAGAGCCCCGUUUUCCUCAGGCAUCUAAAACCAGUAUUGGGCAUGUGGUGCAACUGCUGUACCGAGCAUCUUGCUUUAAGGUGACAAAGAGAGAUGAAGACUCAUCACUUAUGCAACUGAAGGAAGAGUUCCGGACAUAUGAGGCAUUGCGAAGAGAGCAUGAUUCUCAGAUAGUACAAAUUGCUAUGGAAGCUGGGCUUCGUAUUGCACCUGACCAGUGGUCAUCACUUCUGUAUGGAGAUCAGUCUCACAAAUCCCAUAUGCAAUCCAUUAUUGACAAGUUGCAAACGCCAGCCUCAUUUGCACAGAGUGUUCAGGAGCUGACAAUUGCCCUGCAGAGAACUGGUGAUCCUGCCAACCUCACCAGGCUUCGAUCAUAUCUUGAUCUGCUUGCAAAGAUUGAUCCCAGUCCAGAUGCCCCACCACCAUCAUGGGAACAGCUGAAAGAUGGAUUAGAUGCUGUUAAGACUGUGGUACAUGGGCUUGUUGAUUUUAUACAGAACCACAGUAAGAAGGGAACAGAUCAGCAGCAGCUUCCACAGCACAGCAAGUACAAAACAUACAUGUGUCGUGACAUGAAGCAGAGAGGUGGCUGCCCUCGUGGAUCUAGCUGCACAUUUGCACACUCGCAGGAAGAAUUGGACAAGUUUCGGAAAAUGAACAAGCGACUGAUUUCAAGGAGACCUCUGAGCCAGUCUCUGACGCAGCUCACCGAGGCUGGAUUGCCAGCAGCACCAAAUCUUGUGCCUGAUGAGGGGCCAGUGGAAGUUGGCAUCAGGAAACCCUCGAGUCUUACUAAUGGGAUUCUGUCUGCGGGUGAUUCCGUGUUAAUUUCCCGCGGGACGGAAUCUGGUUACGACUGUGUCAUCAAACAAGGCAAAAAGGAACACUUGAGUAUCAGUGCCCCUGGCUCCCCUCCAGAUACGUUGGAACCUGUUUCGAAAUCUUCUCGUAUCAAGUUACCAGGAAAUCAUCAUGCCCUGUCGUCGCGAAUGCCUGCAGAUGUUCCCUCCAUUUCUUUGCCCAAACAGCCUCAGAUGGUGCCUCGGGGCCCAUCCUUGUAUCAGGCACAGCAGCCAGAUGUACUGUAUCAGACUCCUGGGGGUGCCACUCAACAGUAUGAUCAGUCAUCAUAUCAGCCUGGUAUGUAUUUCCACCCAUCAUCACAGUACAUGCCAGCCCGUUUUGUACGCACUGCAGCUUGUAGUCCAGAGUCAAGUGUCACAUACCAGGAGCAUUAUGGAUCAUGCAUUCCUGAUAGAGUCAGCUCACAGUAUGGUACUCCAAACCAGUCCUACCAUCAGACUUUAUACCCACCUCAUUAUGAUGUGCGCCGAGUUUACCACCGAGAAGAGAUGGUUAGAGGAAGCCCUGUUCCUGUAGAUAUUCCAUCUUCAGGUGUUUCAUCAUAUGCGUCAGAACCUCGAGAUCGCUAUCCACAAGUCGAGAGUUAUUACCCUCCAGGGUUUCAUCAAAGUCAGAUCAGACCAUCUUAUCAUAGGGAGACCUACAACAGGGUGCCUCAGCCUAGCUUAGAUGAACUGCACAGAAGAAGAAAGGAAAUCAUGGCACAGCUAGAGGAACGUAAAGUUAUCUCACCUCCUCCAUUUGCACCUUCUCCAACAUUACCACAUGCAUUCAGUGCUGAAGAGUAUAUGGAUGAAGAUUUGAAGACUGGUAACAAACAUAAGGGAAGUGACUACACCAGUCAGUACUCUCCAUGGUCCUGUGAUACCAUCAGCACUUACAUUGCAUCCAAAGAUGUAAAACCAAAAGAUGUCAUAGCAUCUGCUGGCAUGGAAAUGGCAAAUGUGGAUGGCAAAGGACUAAGGGAGCAGAGACUUGAUUUGCAACGUAGAGUGACAGAAACCACUGACGAUGACCUCAUUCCAUUUGGAGAUCUUCCUACUGUUUCCCGGUUUGGGGCCAUUUCCCGUACAUCCAAAUCUUUCCAGUCUCCAGUUCAGAUGCAAGCAUUGGCAGCACAUGGAGCGUCUGCAAAAUCCAUUGCUUUUUCAGAUUGUAACUCAUACAGUGUACAUGGAAACUGGGGGCAAGCAUUGUAUUCAUCCAACCAAGGUAUUCCUACUCAGGGACAUGUCAGUGAUAGGGAGAGAUUUCCUUCGUCGGACAUGGUGGGACAUGUAAAGCAUGGCAUUACAUCAACCCUGACUAAUAGGGAUCAGCUACGAAUGGAGCUUCACCAGGUCAAUCAACAGAUCAGCCAGCAUGUUCAUCUUCGAGGGAUAGAGAGAGAGCAAACCUCAUCCUCAAGUUCUAAGUGGUCUGGAAUGGUAUCUAGUGAACAACUGAGCUUGGAGCUUCACCAUGUAGAGAGAGAGAUUGGGAUUCGGACACGUCAGCUGAAUACGGAAGGUCAGCCAUCACUUGACCUGCAGAAUAAAGUUUGUUCCAGCAAGCAAGUAGAGAAUGGACAGUUGGAGCAGCACAGUAAAGUCUCAUCUGAAGAACUUGCACUUCAUCUCAGCAGUGAAAUGCCAAAUGGAUCUAGCCUCAUCCAGGAUAAUAUCGGCGCCUUAUCAAGCAAGACUUCUUCCUUACAUCUAUCAGUGGAGUCAUCCUGCUCUGGAGCCAACAGUGAUGUGCAGAAGAACAGAGGGACUCCAAACCCUACUUCAUGAAGUGGCUGGAUUUCUUUCAUUGCCCUUCCACACUGUCAUUUUUUUUUAAUUACUAACAUUGUGGAGGGGUUAGCACUAAUUUAGAAUUACCCAGCAAAGGGUCCUUUGGUUCUUUUAUACAACACCACUAGAACCAAACUUGCACAUAGCUCCCAACAGUUUUGUUUUGGGAGUAUUUUUUUUUUCUUGUGCAGAGGUUAGCAGUUCUGCAGUGAUUCAGAUUAACUUCAUUUUGUUCUGUGAAUGAACUUUAUUUUAAUAACUUUGGAUGCCUUGUUCCAGGGCAGAGAGUGUAUAUUGGUGGACAUAUACACUCUUAUUUGAUUAUAUGUAUGAUCAUUAAAUACAGUACAUUUUUAUUUAAUCUUAUUAUAUACCCAUGCAUUCCAAGCACACUAAGGAAUACCUUUUAAAUUAGUUUUUUUAGGAAUGAGUUGCUGAGUGAGGCAGGAAUUCAGAUGUUUUACAGGAAAAUAGAAACUGAGUGGAAGAUCCUGUCUUUAUCUCUGUUGAUUUUGUCUGUUCAUCAUAUAACAUUUUGUCACAUUUAGUAGUGACAAAUGUUUUCCACCCCUUAAAAUCUUAUUAUAAUGUCUCUGUUGAAGGAGACGGUUGUCCUUGGUCAUUAUGGCGAUUUGAUGUUAAUGUUUUUGUUCUUAAUUCUUUGUUUGGCUUGGAAGCAGUCGAGCACAUGCACUGUCUGUGUAGGAUUGGCAGCUGACUGAUGUUCACCAUAUUGUUCACUCUUAUAGUAUUGAUAACACAGGACUUCAUAUAAAGACAGAUGUCCAGCCUAACUUUCACAGCUUUUCUUCCUUCCCUCACUAGGAUGGUCAGAUGCCCUCCCACUUGGACAUCAGCAGAUCUGUAAUAUGAGAGAUGUUCAUCCUCACCUUCAUUAGUUCUUUCUUGCCACAGUACAGGACUGUUCAGGUUCUCAUGUACGUUACUAAACGUUGUUAGUGGUUCUGUUUGGCGUGUAUUCCAGAAUACAGAUAAGUACCCCACCAGGGAAGAAUUUGUAUUAUAUAUUUGUAUCUGCAGUUAGCACAGAGGAUUAAAGCUCUGGACUCCUUAAUGAGCUGCUUCCUGUAACCAAAAAGAGCAGAGCUUGCUUUCUUCCACCUCCAUUUGCAUACUGUGCGAGUCCAAGCAAGCCACUUAACCAGAUGUUUCUCCCGGGUCUUCCCCGAAAAAGGAUACUUGUGUUCAGUAGGCUUACCUGGGUAACCUGUAUAUAAAAUAACUAAAAAAUGUGUGAGUAUCCUGAGAAGCUGAAGACAUACCCAUUGAGUGGAAAUGCCACCCUAGUCUGAAGGCCGUCUGGUCUGUUGAGGCAGUUUUAUAACCGCUAUCCUUCUGUGAUGCUUACUUGGACCCAGGCCUCUGUCAGUGCUUGUCAAAAAGCCACCACACACUCAGAUGAUGGCACAUUAUCCUGAGCUCUAACACUGCAGCAUUCAGUCAGCAUGGACAUCUGGUUCUGAUGUUUGUAUUCUGAUGAGCAUGAGUGAGGGCUGUGUUCUCUCAGAUUUAACUUACAAGGACAUCUACAGCUUUAAAGUAUUAGUCAUCAGUGUCUGCUUUUGGCCAUAGAUGUCUAAGGUAGUCACUACUUCCAAAACUAGAGCCAAGGCUUGCAAACCUCAGAUGUCCACCAUUUUGUGAAACCGCUAUUUCACUCUCCUGCAAAUGUAGUAGGAGCUAAGCUGCUAAGAGAUGACCUUCUCACUGGAAGCAAGACAUUCAGAGGGGACGAAAGGCCAUUUCAGAAGGAAAUUGCAAGCAGACCAAAAGAGGAAACCCUGAAGCAUGCAAGAUUAGUCCGGAACAACUGUAACUCAAUAGAGUCCUUCCCUCCCCAAACCCACUUUCACUACCAGUUGUUACCCAUUCUUUCUGUAGGAGGUUGUAUGGGUUGUUUGUACAAGAUUGAAAGUGUCAUUUAGGAUACUUGAGUCCUGAGAAUCUUGGCACAUGCAUACUGGCUCCAUUUCAUAAAAAGGUUCAAGCUUCUCAGGUACUGCUUGAGUACCUAGAGAACAAAGAGGGAAUACAUUUACAACAUGACAUUCUGAAGUAAGAGGGCUAGAGAGAGAGAGAAUACCAGAAAUAAAAGAAGACAUGGGCUUUCACUAAAAAACUUCUCUUAGAAUGGAGGAAAGAUGGCCCAUGGAGGCUAACUCUGGACUUAUCAAAGCAAAGCAAAUUUCUAAGUGUAGUAAAAUUCAAAAUGUUAGCCUUGUAUGCCUUUUUGCCUUCCUUCUACCAUUAGGCAUCCAUAGUUACCUUAAACCUGAAAGUUGUCUAUAUCCAUAUACCUAUAACAAGGACAGACAAAGCAUUUCCUCAGUUUUGAAGCAGAACAUAUUCAGUGCUAAGUUUCUUCCUUACCAUUUGGUUUAUCUACAGCACCAAGGCUGUUUACAAAGUGCUUGACUCCAAUAAUUGCCUGCUGCAAAAUGAAUGAUUUACCUCUACCUGAACAACUUCCUGAUUCAGACACGCACCCUAAAUUAGACCCAGACAGUUUUGCAGUUUACCUUGGCCUGUACCCAAAGUCUAGGACUGGCUCUGAAUCUGCCAGCAUCCCAUCUAGUUCCUUAUAGCCAAUCACAGAUUCUUUUGGACUGUACAGACCAAAAAGCAUUUUUUCCUUCAAGGAAGGUGCUGUUUUUGACUUACUUGGCCUCCAUGUUACAGCUAAAUCAGAAUACUGAAAGUAAGAUGUCCUGACUGAAAUCACUGUUGAAGUAUUCCUGACAUAUGGGUUUUCCCAGCUGAUGUCUAGUCAGAUUUCCAAAGCUUUACCUUCCCAAGGAUGUAUGUCCAACUCAUGACCUUAGCUUGUAUGCAUUGGGGUAUGCAGAUGGAUCUACAGACGUGGAUCCUCAGACUAUAUCGCCCACAGCUUGAAAAUAGGCUGUGCAUCUGUCAUACUGAUCACUGUUUUGUCAUUGGUACUUUUACUAAGAUUGUUCUUCCAGAUAAGUGCCCUGUUGGGGAACCUUUCUUUUUACUUACUUUGUUUUGUAAAAAGUUGUUAGAUGUCAGUUAGGAAGGCUAAGUGCAAGUGUGGUAGCAGAUUCCUUAUAAAGACUUGCAUAACAAGUGUCUCCUUUGCUUAGGCCCAGAACACAAUUACAACUCUUGCUCAGUUUGUCAGUCAGUCAUUCCCAAAACCCGUAGGUUGAGGUUUUCCUAUCUCUGCACCUUUCUAGACACUCAGAGUCUUAAAUGCUUGGCCCAGUCCAAGUUGGCCAGAUCCACAUCCUCAGAUGUCCCUUUUCCACCAGACAAAAAGCUAAAGAGGUCCAGAACGUAUCUGCAGUCCAAUCUAUCAGGCUCUGAUAUACUUGUUGAGAUUCCAGAACCAGUGGUAAGCCAGGUUUCUUCUCAGAGGAUCAUAUGGCUCCUGAAACCUUGCAGACUGCUAAUGCAUCUAGUGAACCACGACUCGUCAUUUCCAAGGGACCUCAUGGCACCCCCUCAAAUUUUAACCAAGUAAGAGAUUCCCAGGCUCUUUAACAGAAGUUGGGCAGAGUUCUGAAAUUCCUCAUCUCAUCCAGGUGGAUGUCACACCUAAAAAACAGAAAACUAAGAAGUGGCCACACCCUUAGCAGGUAGGGAAAAGGAGGAGAUAGAUUUCUCACAGGGGUUGUUCAAAGCUAUUGCGUCUUUGAAACCUCCCUCCUUUGGGUCUCUUCAGCGAAAGACUACUACUCAAAAACCUGCCUCGGUUUCCUGUUCUUAUUCUGUUGAAAACGGUGAAUGUUAAGUUGUCUAUCUCGCCUUCAUUCUUGCUGGAUGGGUUCGGAGCCGACCUCG